ACCUGUCUAACUUUGCAGAGGAAACACAGAUACUGUCUUGAUUCAUAAAACCAACCAAAUUUCUUCCGUUCUUUAAACUCUUUGUCAACAUUUUAAUCAACCCAACAUGGAGUAUAGAUAUAAGAUCAUACUAAUAGCUACAUUAUCAUCUUCUUUCACUAUAUUCAUCAUUAUAUCAUUGUUUUGUAUCUACACAAGAAAAUGGUGUUCAAAAGAUGAAAAAUCUUGGGAUAAAGAAUCAAAUUUUGAAGUCAAAGAAAUGGAAAACAAAGGAGAGUUGGUCAAAUUUGAAGGUGGUGAAGAUCUCACUUGUUUUGAUGUAUUAGAUGCUCCCGGUGAAGUUAUUGGCAAGUCAAGUUAUGGUACAUUGUAUAAGGCUAAUUUGGUUAGAAGUGAUUCUGUUGUUGUGUUGAGAUUUUUGAGACCAGCUUGUAGUAUGAAUUUAGUUGAAAAAGAUUUUAUGGAUGUUGUACAGCUUCUUGGGUCCAUUAGACAUCCAAAUUUGGUUCCACUUUGUGGGUUUUAUGUUGGGCCUAGAGGUGAAAAGCUACUUGUUCAUCCUUUUUAUAGGAGAGGAAAUCUUGCUCAAUUUAUUAGAGAUGGAAAUGGUGAAUCUCAGAAAUGGAGUGUGAUUUAUAUGAUAUCAAUUGGCAUUGCUAGAGGAUUAGAUCAUCUCCAUUCAAACCUCCAAAAGCCAAUCAUUCAUGGAAAUUUGAAAUCAAAAAACAUACUUUUGGGCCGAAAUCAGCAGCCUUUUGUUUCCGAUUUUGGUCUGCAUAUGCUCUUAAAUCCAUCUACAUUUCAAGAAAUGAUUGAAGAUGCUGCUGUUGAAGGUUACAAACCACCUGAGUUGAUUAAAACCAAUAAUACAACUUUUGAAACAGAUAUCUUCAACUUUGGAGUGAUCUUAUUGGAAUUGGUUUCUGGUAGAGAACCGAAUUUCAAUGACAAGCCAAGCCCAUAUCGAGAAUUUACGUCUAACACAACUUUGGAUCACCGGAUACUGAAAUUGUCACAGCUUGCAAUAGCUUGCUGCUCACCAUUGCCUUCUUUCAGACCCGACAUAAAGUUCAUUUGCAAGAAGCUACAAGAAAUCGGAUCAUGAGUGCCAAAACCAUGAUAACAAUUGUGUCUAACUGUUCAAAUGGUCUUGCUAAAACCAAAUUUUACCAGCGAUUCGUUAGCCCAAAAUCUUGGGGAAAAAAAUAUGUUGUAAAUUGUAAUGUCAUCAUCCGAUUUUUUGAGUUUUGGAAGUAGUUAGAUGCAUUAGUGGGCUUAAUGUAACUAGAGCACUUUGUUCUUUGAUUCUUAGUACAGGUUUUCUAGAUUCAUUGUGUUUUA